AUGCAGGCCUUGGAGCCGGCCGCGGCGGGCUUCUACGAGGAGGAUGGCCGAGACCUGGACUUCUACGACUUCCAGCCGCUCCCCACUCUGCCUGAGGACGAGGAGAAUGUGUCCCUGGCCGACAUCCUCUCCCUGCGGGACAGUGGCCUCCGCGAGCAGGAAGCCUGGGCCGUGUGCCUGGAGUGCUGCCUGGCCAUGCGGAGCGUCGCCCACUCAGCCAUCUUCCAGACGCUCUGCAUCACGCCCGACACGCUGGCCUUCAACACAAGUGGGAAUGUGUGCUUCACCGAGCAGCUCAGCGAUGACCCUGAGGGCGCCUUUGUACCCCCAGAGUUUGACGUGACUGGGAACACCUUUGAGGCCCACAUCUACUCCCUGGGGGCCACGCUGAAGGCGGCUGUGGAGUAUGUGCCGGAAGCCGAGCUGGAGCCCAAGCUCAGCGUGGACCUGGAGACGCUGCUCAGCCAGAUGCAGGCAGAGAAGCCGGGGGACCGGCCCCAACUGGAGAGUAUCAUCGCCCUGUGUGAGGAGAGGAUGAAAAGUGUGUCUUCCUGCCACCUGUGCCGCAGCCUCUCGGCCCUUGGGAGGAGGGUACUGUCCAUCGAGUCUUUCGGAGCACUCCAAGAUGUCAGUGAGAACACCUGGAUGGGGAGAUUCGCACCCAGAAGUGCGGGGCCCAAGGGGCAGUCUGGGAACCGUGGCGCUGACCCCAAAGUCCAGCAAGCCCUGCAGGGCCUGCCUGUGGGUGGCCCUGGCAGCCCUCAACAGGAGAGCAGCUGGGGUGUCUAUCCCCCACCCUCGAAGCCCCUGCUCUCAGCACCUGUGAGAAAUGGCGAGAGUGACAUGGAGGGGCCAUGCUCGGACCGGCUGGCCGGCCUCCUGCUGGACACCAGGGGCCCCCUGGGCGACCUGGACCGCGGCCCGCUCCGGAGGAACCGCCUAAGGAAGGUACAGAGCUUCCCCCGGCUCCUGGCCGACGGCCCCGAGGCCAGCGCCCUCUGCCUGUCUCUGACUGGAAGCCAGCGUCCAGUCCCGGAGCUGCUCCCUGGGGACUGCAGGAAGAUCUUCCCGGAGGGGAAGAAUGGGCUGCUGGACUUCAAGGCACUGCCCAAGUAUGGACUGUGGCCUGAGGGAAGACCUGAGUCCCAGGAUGAGGCCCAAGGCACAGGUGGCCGCAGGGACAGGGGGACCCUGCCUGGGAUUGGUCCAAGCGGUGGCUCUGGGCUGGGAGGCCCCAGCCAGGGAGGGGCAGCCAGUCCCCCAGAACAGCCAGCGGAAGAGAGGUGCCCUCAGCCAGAUGGUGCAUCGUCCUGCCUGGGCCCGGGCCCUGCUGAGGAGGGCCCCCCACCCCAUCCCGUGGACCUUCAAGGCACAGGCAGACCUCACUACAAUGCUGUGGAAGCUCUGGAAGGAGCCAGCCAGCCUGGAGGCAUAGCCACGGAGCAGUGGGUGGCCCUGCAGGACCUCCUGGUGAAGCUCGGCCGGCCCUUCCGUGAAUAUGAGCUGUGGGCAUUGUGCCAUGAGAGCCUCCACACGCUGCAGACCUACAUCGAGUUCCCAGCCUACCUGUGUCUGGACUCCGUGCUGAUCGCCGAGGAUGGCGCAGUGCUCUUUGGGACGUCCCCGGCCAGUGGCUCGUACAACUCACUUUUCCUGGCUCCCGAGGUCACAGAGGAGAAGCUGGUGACAGAAAAGGCCUCCGUGUACUGUGUGGCCGCCGUCCUGUGGACCGCAGCCAGAUUUAGCAUGCCUCGUGACCACAAGCUGGCCCUGCCACGCAGACUCAAGGCUCUCCUCUUGGACAUGGCCAGAUGUAGCCCCCAGGAGCGGCUGUCUGCAGCCGAGGCCAUCAAGGUGAGCAACAGCUACCUCCUUCAACGAGGCAUGGACAGCAAGAAGAUUCUAGCCCACCUGAGGGGGUCUACCUGUAAGGUUUACCAGGAGGAAGAAACAAUCAGCCUCCAAAAUCCCUUCUCGAUGGCUGACCUGGAGCCGCACACGGCGCCUCCUCCAGAGCCCAGCGCAGGUUUCGUGCCCGUCGGCAGGGACGCCAGGCUGGCUGCCGUGCGGGGACCCGUGCCGGGCAAACUCACCUCAGGCACCGAAGCCGGAGCGCUGCCCACUGCGUUCACGUCCGCCGCCACGCACUUCAAACCCAUCCUUCUGGCGCAGGACGCAGCGGAUGAGCGGGCUCUGGGCCCGGGAUCCGCCGAGAGACCCGAGGAGAGGCGAGGCAGGGAGGGCAGGGGGACGCUGGUUCCCGAGGCCCACGAGGCGGUUACCAGCACCAACACGCCUGAGAGGCCUGCGCCGGGUGCGGAGCCACGGGACGCAGCCCCGGAGCAGCCGGGAGAGUCGGCGGAGGAGCGCUCCUGCCCUGCAUCCCCCGUCCCAGCCCACCGGCCGGCAGAGAGCGCGACCUCGCAGACCCCCAGCUCCCCGGUCAGGGCUUCUCCACCCGCCUCACCCGGGAAGGCACAGGCCCAGCCGGAGCAGAGGCCCGAGGAGCCGACCCGGCGAGGGGCCACUUCCGGGGGCCCCGGACCUGCGCCUCCGGGAGCCCCCGCGGCCAGCCUCGGCCCACGCCGCCUGCCCAAGGCGGCCAGGGGCACUGCCGCUGAGCUCCCGGACCAGGAGCCCGAGGGCCCCCGAAGGGCCGCACAGGCCAGCCCAAAUGGCCCCCGGGGCUCCUCGGGCCGAGAGCGGCCCAGGCCCGCCGACCGCCGUGGGUGCCCCACGGGCGCGGACACCGCUCCCCUGCAAAGGACGGCCUGCCCUUCGCUGCAGGAGGCCAUGCGCCUCAUCCAGGAGGAGUUCGCCUUCGACGGCUACCUGGACAACGGGCUGGAGGCCCUGAUCAUGGGGGAGUACAUUUUUGCCUUGAAAGACCUCACGUACGCCACAUUCUGCAGCGCCAUCUCAGAGAAGUUCUGUGACCUUUACUGGGACGAAAAGUUACUGCAGAGCCUGUUCAAGGUGGUGAACAGGACGACAUCACCCUCAGAGAGUGUUUCGGAGGAGGCCAGGCAGCAGCCCGAGGGCGGCGUCCAGACCAGUGUGCCCAGCAGCUGCUCCCCAUCCAGCAGAAGACCCUCAGGGCCCAGGCCUGGGAACAUCUCCAAAGCACUCUCAUCCCAACCUGAGGAACAGCAGUGUUUCAGAGGAGGCCGUGCAGCAGCCCUACAGAAGUUGGGCCGUCGGGGGGCCUGCACCCUGAUUCAGCUGGAAUCACUGCCCCAGGUAACCACCAUGUCUUCCUUCCAAGGAAAAGAGAAGCCGGCCGCCAGCCGCACCAGCAGGGCCCCCUGCUCACCCACACCACUGUCAGACGUCGACUCAGCAGAGCUCUCCCGGGGUAAUUUUGAAGUGGGAUUCCGGCCACAGAGAUCCGUCAAAGCUGAAAAGGGGCCUGCAGCUGGAGACAGCCGUCCGUGUAGCGCGGACUCGGGCUCCGAGCUGGCUAGCGAGGGUUCCGACUCAAGGCCGGUGGCCCAGCUGGAGGAGGCAGGCCUGGGCAGGCCACGGGGCCCCGCUGAGUUCCACAGCUGCAGUCCGGGCUGGAGCAGCGCCUUCUACGAGGCCGACUGCUUUGGUACUGACGUGCUCAACUAUGUGGAGGAGCUGAGGCGGCAGAAGGCCAGCGGGGCUGUGGACACUGAUGCCCAGCACCCGGAACUGGAGCAGCAGCUGAUGAUGGAGAAGAGGACCUUGCGGAAGGCUCUCAAGUUCCACCAGAAGCUCCUGCACAAGGAGGAGAGGCGCAAAGGCUCUGAGGUGAGGACAAUGCUGUCCAAGUUGAAAGGGCAGUUGGAAGAAACGAAAUCCAAGGUGCAGUUCCUCGGGCUGGUCAAGAAGUACCUGCAGGUGGCCUAUGCGGAGCGGUGGGGCCUGGAGCCCAGCGCCCUGCCCGUGAUUGUGAACAUCGGGGCGGCCCACUGCGGGACGCUAGACUUCAGUCCACUGGACGAGUCCUCCUCCCUCAUCUUCUACAAUGUCAACAAGCCCUCAUGCGGUGGCGGCAGCAGCGGCAGGCAGAGGAAGGCCCGUGUUCUGCAGGCCGGCACACCACUCGGCCUCAUGGCUUACCUGUACUCCAGCAACGCCUUCCUGGAGGGCUACGUGCAGCAGUUCCUGUACACUUUCCGGUACUUCUGCACACCACACGACCUCCUGCAAUUCCUCCUGGACCGCAUCAGCGGCACCCUGUCCAGAGCCCACCAGGAGCCCUCGUCGACCAUCACCAAGAUCUACAAACGCAGCUUCUGCCUGCUGCAGGCCUGGGUGGAGGAGUGCUAUGCUGUGGACUUCAGGAGCAACAGCGGGCUGUGUGGACAGCUUCGCGGCUUCCUCUCCUCCAAGAUCACACCUCUGGACAGCUACGCAGAGCACGUGCUGGCCCUGCUGGAGGUGAGCACGGACCAGCGGGGUGAGGGGACCACACGUGGUGGAGACCUGGAGGACCUCAAGAAGACUGAGGAGGACACCCGGCCCCUCAACGCCCUCUGUAAGAAGUUCUCAGAAGACGGCCUCUCCCGGAAGAGCUUCCCCUGGCGGCUGGCCAAGGGGACCGGGCUGGCGCUGGGGCCGCACAAGGAGCGUCCGUAUACCAUCGCGUCUGCCCUGCCCAAGCCCUGCUUCCUGGAGGAAUUCUACGGCCCCUACGCCAAGGCUGGCGAGAAGGGGCCCUACUUCCUUACGGAAUACAGCACCCAGCAGCUCUUCACCCAGCUGACGCUACUGCAGCAGGAAUUGUUUCAAAAGUGCCACCCGGUCCACUUCUUAAACUCCCGGGCCCUGGGCGUCGUGGACAAGGGCACAGCCAGCCCCGCUGCCAUCUCCUCCGAGUCGCUGUCGGCCAGUAGCUUGUUUCUGCCAAAUUACACCCAAGACCAGUACCUGCUGCGACUGCUGAGGAACGCAGAGGACGUGAGCACCUGGGUAGCCGCGGAAAUUGUGACCAGCCACACCUCCAAGUUGCAGGUGAACUUGCUGUCCAAAUUCCUGCUGAUUGCCAAGUCUUGCUAUGAGCAGCGGAAUUUUGCGACGGCCAUGCAGAUCCUGGGAGGCCUGGAGCACCUGGUCGUCCGGCAGUCUCCUGCCUGGAGGAUUUUACCCGCCAAGAUUGCCGAAGUGGUGGAGGAGCUGAAGGCCGUGGAGGUCUUCCUCAAGAGCGACAGCCUGUGCCUGAUGGAGGGCAGGCGCUUCCGCACCCAGCCCACCAUCCCCUCGGCCCGUCUCCUGGCCAUGCACGUCCAGCAGCUGGAGACCGGAGGCUUCACCAUGACCAACGGGGCCCACAGGUGGAGCAAACUCAGGAACAUAGCCAAGGUGGCCAGCCAGGUCCAUGCCUUCCAGGAGAACCCCUACACAUUCGCCCCUGACCCCAAGCUCCAGUCAUUCCUCAGGCAGAGGAUUGCCCGCUUCAGUGGGACCAAUAUCUCCAUCCUGGCAGCGGAUAGCAGGGCCAGUGUCCACCAGGUCGCCAGCGAGAAACACUCCCACAAGAUUCAGGACAAGUUACGGAGAAUGAAAGCCACGUUUCAGUAA